CACUCGUGUAUGCAGUAAUUAAAGUCGACAGCCAAGAGGACCCCCUGGCCAGGAGUAACACCAGUAGUAGCAGAAGCAGCAGCAGCAGCAGUACCAGCAGGAUUCUCUUCGAUGCAGUAAAAAUUUUCGAAACAAAACGCGUUGGCUGCUACCUCCGGAGAAGGGCAAGUGAAAGAAGAAGAGAAACCGUCGCAGGAUUAAACGGUUUUCGGGUGAAAACUAAAGGAAAAAAGUUGUGAGUGCGAGAACUGAAGCCGAACAGCACGAGAGAGAGAGGGAGAGUGCAUGGAAGAGAGUUUUUAAUUUCGAAUUCGCUGUUGACGGUGAUGGCAAGCAGAGGGACAUAAAAAAAAGCUGUAGAACUAUAUCAGCAUAAAUGAAAAUUAAGUGUAGUUUUGCGGCGGUGGUGAAGGAAUCAUAGUGGCAUAAUAAAGUGAAGUUCUCGGUCUGUUGGAAGGGAACCCCGCUAGCGAACGAAGUGUGUAGAAAAACGCAGAAACGAUGCAACAAACACCGACGACCGGUUGAAGCGACACCACUACCAGUGAAAGUGUGUAGACUUUUGUGCUCGUACGGACGGUAUCCUGUCGUGUUCGGCAGAGCUCGGGUGCCACCUAUACAAGCGAGUAAUGUUCGUGUUUGGCUUCGGCAGUGUGGAGAGACGGCACGAUUAGCCAAGCUCAUAUAUACAAGUGGGCUCCGAUGGUGAACAGUUUAGUACAACUUUAGACGCUCGUGACGAAAGAUGCUCGCUUAUGAUUCGUGCAUGCGGGUGUACGAAAGUCACGAUUUACUGUGACGAGCAACCGAUGCGAGAAAAGAAGCUUUAUUCAGUUUACGUACAGGACUCAUAAAACGCGAGUGGAGUCAGUGAAAACAAGCAUCCUAUAAACCGAGUGACGUGAGAAUCCAAGAACUGGUAGAUACCGAAGUUGAAUCGCGGCAGAUUAAACAAGUGUCUAAAGUGGCAAACGAAGAUAACAACAAAACACGAAACAUUGGCGAAGAUGAGAAAUUGCAUGACAUAACGGCGCCUUCGACGUUCGCUGCUCGUAUCGUGCUCUAGUUCUUUAAUGUUUAAUUUGUUCUCGCGAGUUUGUGUUUUGGCGCAGAGGAGAAGGAGGAAAGGCGCCUGAAAAAUGAAGUGAAUUUAUCUUAAAUGAUUGAAGCGACCGAUAGAAAAAGCGAAGAAGUGGUUCAAUUUCCGAGCAGUAAAAAAAGUGACGGAACGUGAAGAAGUAGACGCAAGGGAAAAUGAGUCUAAUUACGCGAAAAAGUGAGCUGGUGGCGUUACCGGCCCUGCUUCUGGUUCUGCUGCUCUCGGUUCAGGUCAACUAUAGCCUACAGUAUGACUCGGCUGAGGCACGCUACUACCCGAGCAGUCCGGUGGAAUCCAAUCUGCGGUACGAUGCUCCGGAUGACUGCAAGUACCGUGUUACGCCCGACGACGAAGUGGACCUAAUGUGUAAUCUAAGAACUGUGAACAGUGAAUUUGAUAAUACGAACUUUAGUGUGAUACCUUCGGAGCAUACGGCUUCUCUGACGGUGAUUUGCAACGAUGCAAUUAUGGCACGAAGUAAACUGCAGCCCAAAUCGUUUGCCCAUCUGAUAAGGCUGAAAAGUCUUUCGUUGGAGCAUUGCAAGAUUGCCAAGUUUGGCAACGACGUUCUGGCGGGGCUGAGUGAUUUGAGGAAUUUUACCCUCCGGUCACACAACAUCAACUGGCCGGAGCUGAAUCUGGAGAUCGAACCGGAGGUGUUUGCCCAUUCGAAAAUCUUGGAACUGCUGGAUUUGAGCAUGAACAACAUUUGGUCGCUUCCGGAUCAUUUGUUCUGUUCGCUAAAUGGGUUGAGAUCAUUGAACAUCAGCUCCAACCGGCUGCAGGACGUGAAUGAUUUGGGCUUCCGAGAGAAGCCACUGGUGAAGGAUGAGAGUGCAAACAGUACCACAGUCAGUUGCAACUUGGACCUAGAAGAUUUGGAUGUAUCCAAGAAUCACUUUGUCCUGCUACCAGCCAGUGGAUUUGGAAUGUUGAAACGAUUGAAGCUACUCAAAAUCCACGACAACGAGAUUUCCAUGGUUGGCGACAAAGCUCUAAAUGGGUUGAAGGAGUUGCAAAUAUUGGAUCUGAGCUCAAAUAAAAUCGUUGCUCUACCAACGGAUCUGUUCAAAGAUCCAGCACAAUCCAUCCAGGAGAUCUACCUGCAAAACAAUUCCAUCAGUGUGCUGGCCCCAGGGCUAUUCUCCAAACUGGAACAACUGCAAGCAUUGGACCUGUCCAUGAAUCAGCUGACCUCAGCUUGGGUCAAUCGGGAAACAUUCUCCGGUCUGAUUCGGCUUGUUCUGCUAAAUCUUUCGAACAACAAAAUCACCAAGCUAGAAUCGGAGAUCUUUUCGGAUUUAUAUACUCUUCAAAUCCUUAACCUACGACACAACCAGCUGGAAAUUAUCGCUGCUGAUACUUUCUCCCCCAUGAACAACCUCCACACACUGCUGCUAUCCCAUAACAAAAUCAAAUAUCUUGAUGCAUACUCCCUCAAUGGACUGUACGCCCUGUCCCUGCUGUCGUUGGACAACAACGUCAUGACCGGCGUCCAUCCGGAAGCUUUCCGCAACUGCAGCACCCUAGAAGACCUCAAUCUCAAUGGCAACGAACUCACCCAAGUUCCGUUGGCCCUCAAGGAUAUGCGUCUUCUUCGGACCGUUGACCUGGGCGAGAACUCCAUCACCGUUAUCGAAGAACCCGGCUUCCGUGGAAUGAACAAUCUCUAUGGUCUACGUCUAAUAAGCAACCAAAUCGAAAACAUCACCCGUAAGGCGUUCAAAGACCUACCCAGUCUGCAAAUCCUGAAUCUGGCUCGAAAUAAAAUCAAAAACAUAGAGUCGGGUGCCUUUGAACCGCCCUUCAACGUUCAAGCCAUCCGCCUGGAUGGCAACCUUCUAACCGACGUCGAAGGCCUUUUCACCAAAAUGCCCAACCUGGUGUGGCUUAACAUCUCCAGCAACCGGUUGGAAAGCUUUGACUACUCGCAAAUCCCAACGCACCUGCAGUGGCUGGAUCUGCACAAGAACGACCUCACCGAGCUGGGCAAUCGUAAUGGGAUGGAUAAUCAGCUGUCCCUGCAAACCCUCGAUGCCAGUUUCAAUCGGAUUACGAAAGUUACCCCUUCUUCCAUUCCAAACAGUAUCGAGUUUUUGUUUCUGAACGAUAAUCAGAUUAUGCACGUGGAGCCGCACUGUUUCAUCCACAAAACGAACCUAACUCGGGUGGAUUUAUAUGCCAACCAGCUGACCGGACUGGACAUCAAGGCGCUUCGGUUGCAACCGGUGCCGGACGAUAAGCAGCUUCCAGAGUUUUACAUCGGUGGGAAUCCGUUUGUGUGUGAUUGUAACAUUGAUUGGUUGCAGAAGAUUAACCACCUUACCUCGCGACAAUAUCCCACGAUUAACGAUAUCGAAACGGUGUACUGCAAGUUGAUGUACAAUCGUGAGCGGGCGUUCAUUCCGUUGAUUGAAGCCGAACCGAAGCAUUUUUUGUGCAGUUACAAUACGCACUGUUUUGCCCUGUGCCAUUGUUGUGAGUUUGACGCGUGUGAUUGUGAAAUGACUUGCCCGAACAAGUGCCAGUGCUAUUACGAUAACAGUUGGUCGACGAAUGUGGUGGACUGCUCGGCCGCGGGUUACACGGACAUUCCGAACAAUAUCCCGAUGGAUACGACCGAGGUGUAUUUGGAUGGGAACAAUUUGGUGGAACUUUCCGGGCACAGUUUUAUCGGGAGGAAGAAUCUGAAAGUGCUGUACGCGAAUCAUUCCAAUAUCGAGAUAAUUUACAAUACGACGUUCAUUGGACUGAGACGAAUAGCGAUUUUGCAUUUGGAGCAUAAUAAUAUCCAGAAGUUGUAUGGGAAUGAGUUUAGUGCGUUGGAGAGUUUGAGGGAGUUGUACCUGGAGGGGAACAAGAUUUCGUACAUAGAAGAUCAUACGUUUUCGGAGCUGAGAAAGUUGGAAGUGUUACGGUUGAAUGGGAACCGGAUUUCGAGCUUUGAGGUGUGGCAGUUGGCAUCGAACUCGUAUUUGGUGGAGAUUUCACUGGCGAACAAUAUGUGGACCUGCGAUUGCACCUUCCUGAACAAGCUGAGAAUCUAUUUGCAAUCCAAUGUGGAGAAGGUGAUCGAUUCGGGUGAAAUCAGUUGCGUCUAUAAUAAUCUAACGAGCAUUCUGAAGGAGAAGGAUGGGACCAAGUGUACAUUCCGUGGUGAGGGCAUGAGUUCGAUUGUCCACACGCAGGAAAUCGAGGACAUGCUACCGCUGCUGUUGGUGGCGACAUGCGCUUUUGUUGGAUUCUUCGGAUUGAUCUUCGGCAUGUUCUGCUAUCGAAAAGAGUUGAAGGUUUGGGCUCACAGCAGUUGUUUCGGAUCGCUGUGCUACAAAUCCGGAACAUUCGUCAACGAGUUCGAUAAGGAUCGUCUGUAUGAUGCGUACAUCAUCAAUUCCCUUCAGGAUGAGCACUUUGUUAACCAGAUCCUUGCUUCAACCCUGGAAAAUGACAUUGGCUUCCGUUUGUGCUUGCACUACCGAGAUUUCAACAUCAACACCUACAUCGCCGACACUAUCAUAGAAGCGGUGGAAAGUUCAAAACGUGCCAUUCUAGUCCUAUCGAAGAACUUCCUGUACAACGAAUGGACCCGAUUCGAGUUCAAGGGUGCCAUCCACGAGGUCCUUAAGAGACGCCGAAAGCUAAUCAUCAUCCUGUACGGGGAUCUCCCGCAGCGGGAUUUGGAUGCCGACAUGAGGCUCUACCUGAAGACAAACACCUGCAUCGAGUGGGACGAUAAAAAGUUCUGGCAGAAGCUCCGAAUUGCACUGCCCCACGUGAAGAAGAGCAACUGUCUGAACAAGCGGUCGGCGAUCAAUAUCUACGCCACAGCCAACGAGUACAAUACCGCCACGACUGGGCGAGGAGGAGGAGGAGCAGGAGGAGCAGCAGUAGCAGCAGCAUUAGGGCGGGGUGGUACGCUUCCGGCUCCGGGCCAUGGGCGGCUCGAGAGUCACAGCUACGCCACCAUUGGAGGCAACUGCCCGAGAAACUGUGAUAAUUAUGAUACGGUUAGUAAUUGUAAAUAUAACACUACGCAGCACGAGAGGCGGCUGAACGACUUCAGCCGGAAGGUGACAGCGGAGAGACAGCACGAGUAUGCAGUUCCUUCCAACUGUCUACUGGACACGACGCACGAGACGUACAACACCAGCUGCGAGCGGAUCGCAGGGGAAACGUUCGAGUGCACCUCCAGCAGCAAAUACUCGACGUCGUCGCGGGGCUCGAGCGAGUGUUCGCACUCGCCACCCAUAGCCAACGGGGGUGCCCCGAACAUCCUGUCGACGACCUUUAUGGGCAAGGCCGAACCCUUAGGCGGCUACAACAAUACCAGUGCUUCGAAUAAUUUGAAUAGUAAUAGUAGUUACAACAAUAGCAGUAGGAAACCGAACAAUUGCGUUGGCGGCGUCGGUUGCAAUGACAGUAGCAGUAGUAGCAAAGGUGAUAAGCCCAACACGCUUGGGCACGACAAGAACAAUUUCAAUGAUAGAAGACUGCCACAGGCCAUGUGGGCAUAACGAUUACUUAAAUACAGGUUAGUUAAUUAUUUUUAUCGUUAAAGAGAUGAUGAAAAGCCAACAGAUUUAAGAAGAAGAAGAAGUAGAAGAAAUCUCCUGCACCACGCGCGCACUGUAAACAGUCAACUCACAGAUUAUACAAAGAUUAUAUUCAAUAGCAUAGGCAGUCUCACACUCACUCUCACACACUUACCCUGUAGUCGUCGGUCAGUUUUAAGGGCAAUAUCGCUAGACUAAGGCUCUCUAUUGGAAUGCGUUCCGGACGGUAGUCGUUGGGAAUGGUUUGGCUGUCUUCUGGGAUGGGAAUGGUUUGGUGCAUUUGGUCACCUGGGCGAAUGGGUCAUGCUCAGAAGUAUUCAUCGAAGUUCUCGCUCGAUUUUUUGGAAAAUUACCUACAUUGGAAGGUAAUCGCAAGAGCUAAACACCAUUUCUUUUUAAUGGAGUCCUUGUGAGUUGCUUGAUGCAUGAUGAGCAUUCAACUUUGCACUUCUAUUCCUGGUAUAACUAGUCACUUGGAGCUCCUCAAGUUACUGUGAUGUGCUACUAUGCUGACAAUAACAUGGGAAAUACACUCAGUUAUUUUCUCGUGUGAAAAAACCCGUUGUUAAAACCUACCAAAAUUUUCAUUUUUCACAUGCUUAAUUUUUUUUAAAAAUUUAGAUGUUGAUGCCAAUCCUACACACUUAGAAAAAUUCAUGUAAAUUUAGGUGCUCUGAGACUGACAUAUACGAGCGUCAAUUUUGACAUAAAAUUGAGUCCUAAUAGACGCGAAAUUCAGCUCAAUCAAACGUUCUUUUCGUCGAGUAACGAACUUUUCAGUCUCGGAGCACUUAAUUUUACAGUACAUGUAUGUUUACUAAACUGAUGCAAAAUUUGACUUUUUCGCUCCACAGUGCUUAAAUGGUUUCAAAUCGGGUCGUGAUUAGCCUCCAAAAGUUACAACUCAUUUGGUUAGAAACAGACUUCGCACAAACCAUUUGAAGUUUACAUGUAAAUUACUAUGGG